UUUAUUUUCAAGAAGAUAAGAAGAAAAGCUCACCACAUUCUUCAUCGAUCCACCAUGAAGAACACGUCAAUUUCCUCAUUACUUCCAUACCCAAAAAUCCUCUUCACCAAAAGAAUAUCUCCUCCAAUAAAUUUCUCAGGCACAUGUUCAUUUUCACGUGUAAAAUUUCUAACUAUAAAUUGCACCAAUAAUAAUAAUAAUAAUAGUAGCUCAGAAAAUGGUGAAAAAGGGAGUUUAAAGGAUGCAUUGACUGGUAUGGUGGAUGAAAGAGUAGAGGAACUUUUGAAUAGAGAAGAAAACAGGGUUUUGCUUGAUGGGUUGGAAAAAGCAACACAAAGGGUAGAAAUGGCAAAGAAAGAACUUGCUGAAAUUGAAAGACAAGAAUUGGAAGCUAAAUUGUUAAAAGAUUAUAUCACAAAGCUCGAAACUAGAACUUCUGAGUAUCAUAAGGGAGUAUUUACAAACUGCUUACUAAGUUACACUUGGCAAACGGGACUCUCAAGCGGCCGCAGUCCAAAUUUACAAAAAUCAUGUUUCAACACCUUGUAUGCAGAAUGCCAGAAAGAUAUUUUAGAAGCAAGAGUAAUGAUUGAAGAAGCUGAGCGUUCCCUCAACGUUGGUGGUGAUGCUAGAAGGAGAGAUGCAACAGACGGGGAUGUAGUGAAUAGAGAUGAGGAAAGAGUUGAAUCCAUAAAAGCAGCUUCACUUUCUGCAAUUGUUGGCACACUUGCAGGUCUUCCCAUUUCCUUAAGUCGGAUCACCAGCAAUUCGGAGUUAAUACUCCCUCUGUCAAUCACCUUUAUUAGUUGUGCUUUGUUUGGUGUAACCUUCCGCUAUGCUGUAAGAAGAGACUUGGACAAUUUUCAGCUCAAGUCAGGAACAUCUGCAGCAUUUGGCGUUGUCAAAGGCCUUGCUACACUUGGGGGUGGACCACCAUUCGAGUUGGAUGCUGCCAGCUUCUGGUCUCAUGCUCUUGAUGGCGCAGUCUAUGUCUCGGAAAAUCUUUUGAUCUUCCUUUUUGCUGGAGUUGGCCUGGAUUUAUGCUUUAAGCUGAGGAUUUUGAGCCCCUUUCCCGUCGAUAGAUCAAUUUCAGAGACCGAUCAAAUUUAAACACCUUGUUGCUUAUUUGUUAUUUGUAAGUGUAUAUACAGUAAAUUAACUUUGUAACAAUUGCUCUAAAUAGAAUUAUACUUGGAACUUC